GUCUCACAUCUAAGGUUGACGGUUGAAGAGAAUCACAAUGAACCAUAGGAUGAAAUUUUCCAUACUAUUGCUGUUCAUUUUUGUGAACUUUAACAACUUUUUCAUCACCGAAGCAGCCAAUGUCGACGAGGCUUAUCAAUUCUCAAAUUCGAUUAUAGUCGAGAUCGAAGAAUUAAUUCAAGGUCAAUUGCCGCCAGAAGCCAAUGCAGAGGCCACAGUUAUUUUCGAUCAAAUUAAAAUCGGUCUUACCAAUUGUGAAGGUCUAAUUACAGUUCCUACUAAUCUUUCGCUGUACAAUGAAUGUGCCAAUUCUUUGCGAAUGUAUGCCAAUUCUGCUUUAGGUGGUCUCAAAAUAAAAUAUUCGACUACUACACCUCGUCCUACGUCAUCGGCCUCAAGCAUAUCGUUGUACCCAGUUAACAUAGCCGUGGUGACAUCCAGUGUUGUAAUCACAAUAACUCUUCUAAGAUGGUUUGGUUAGAUACUAGUGGAAUAUUAUUGAUGUAGGAUUUAUAAGUUAGAUAUUAGCAAAUUUAUAUCUGUUCCAUAUAAGAAUCCAAGAAGAGAUGUCAUUUGU